UCUACUUUGCAAUUGUAACGCUCACAAUCACAUCACUCUCUUCAACAAUCAUAAUCUAUUUCUAUAACUUAAGAACUCAAAAUCCAAUCUUUCUUGAAUUCCAAAAUCUAAUCAAAAUGGGAUUUUGUUUUUCACUAUUAGAGCUACUUCUUCUCUUUUUUCACAUAUUCUUCUUCAUAAAUCCAACAUGGGUUUGUGGGAAUAUAGAGUUAAGAGCAUUAAUGGACAUGAAAGCUAGCUUGGAUCCAAAGAAUCAUUUUUUACCAUCUUGGACUAUCAAUGGUGAUCCAUGUGGUGAAUCUUUUGAAGGAGUAGCAUGCAACGAAAAGGGUCAAGUUGUUAACAUUUCUUUGCAAGGAAAAGGUUUAUCAGGGAAACUUUCAUCAGCCAUUGCUGGACUUAAACAUUUGACAGGACUUUACUUGCAUUAUAAUUCUUUGAAUGGUGAGAUACCAAGGGAUGUUUCGAAUUUGACUCAACUUAGUGAGUUGUAUUUGAAUGUGAAUCAAUUUUAUGGGGAAAUUCCUUUUGAGAUUGGAAGCAUGGAGAAUUUACAAGUUUUGCAGCUUUCUUAUAAUCAGUUGACAGGAAGAAUACCUACCCAACUUGGUGCUUUCAAAAAGUUAACUGUUGUUGCUUUGAAAUCAAACCAAUUAACUGGUGCUAUCCCUGCUAGUCUAGGUGAUUUGAAUAUGUUGGUGAGACUAGAUUUGAGCUCUAACAAUCUCAUUGGUUCCAUUCCUACUAGCCUAGCUAGUGUUCCUUCAUUGAAAGUUUUGGAUGUUCACAACAAUACACUUUCUGGGAAUGUUCCUCCUGCUCUUAAGAGACUACAUGAUGGAUUUUUAUAUGAACACAAUAUGGGGUUAUGUGGAGUUGGGUUUACAUCCUUGAAAACUUGCAAUACAAGCAAAGAUGGAUCAUCAACAAAAUAUAUCCCAGAAACUGGAAAUGUGAGUUUAUCUUGUACUGGAAAUCGAUGCCGCCAUUCAUCGAAAUUCAAUCAAGCCAAAUCAAUUAUUGUUGGCAUAUCUGUGGUUAUGAUUUUAGUGUUGGCAAUUGGUAUCUUAGCCUUCACAAUACAUCUGCGUCGAAGAAAACAAUAUCUUGAAAAUUCUUUACAUAUCUCUGAUAGUCGUCCAAGUACCGACAAAGCCAAGGGUAUAUACCGGAAAAAUGAGUCUCCUUUGCCUUGCCUUGAGUACUCUACUAGAUCUGACCCUUUGGUGGAUUAUAGAGAUUUCGACGGGGAUAGCCAAUACAGGUUCCGUAGUUUCAUGUUCAACUUGGAAGAAGUGGAGUUAGCCACUCAAAAUUUUGCGGAUUCGAAAUUGUUAGGCAAGAGUGAAUUUUGUGCAACAUAUAAAGGUGUUUUAAGAGAUGGAUCUAUUGUUGCUGUUAAGAGAAUUAGCAAAAAUAGUUGCAAGUAUGAUGAAGAAGAGGUUAUGAAGAUAUUGAAUAGUUUGGCAUCAAUGAGGAAUGAUAAUUUAGUAAGGUUGAGAGGAUUUUGUUGUUCAAGGGAAAGAGAUGAAUGGUUUCUGAUCUAUGAUUUUGUUCCUAAUGGAAAAUUGUCACGUUUCCUUGAUUUGCAAGAAAGUGAUGAAGAAGUACUUGAAUGGUCAACUAGAGUUUCUAUUGCAAAAGGAAUUGCUAAAGGUAUGGCAUAUUUGCAUUCAAACAAAGCAAACAAACCCAUCAUUAUUCACCAUAACAUCUCAAGUGACAAAAUUCUAAUAAAUCAGAGGUACAAUCCACUGUUGGAUGAUUAUGGCCUGUACAAGCUUCUUACAAAUGACAUUGUCUUCUCUGCACUUAAAGCUAGUGCAACAAAGGGUUACAUGGCGCCCGAGUACGCAACUACCAGUCGGUUUUCGGAGGCAAGUGAUGUUUAUGCUUUUGGAAUGGUGCUUUUCCAAAUCCUUUCUGGGAAGAAGGAGAUAACUAGCUCAAUAAGACUUGCUGCAGAGUCCUUCAAUUUCAAGGAAUUUAUGGAUCCGAAUCUUAAUGGAAGAUUUUUUGAAUGUGAUGCAGCUAAAUUGACAAAAAUAGCUUUAUUUUGCAUGCAUGAGUCUCCAUUUGAGAGGCCAUCUAUGGAAGCAAUUGUUAAAGAAUUGAGCAAUUGUACUAGUUGUCUUUGAUUUCAAUGUAUAAAUUACUUCAUUUAUCAUCCCAUUAAUUACUAGGAUUGGAUAAUGAGAUGACAAAUUAGUGCUACAUAUGUAAACACAUUCAUUCUCCUUAU